AUGAGCAACAGCUCGUGGAACAUCGGCGAAGUGAUCGCGCUCAGUCUGGGCGUAGUCCUCAUCUUCGCCCUCUGCUUCGGCUUCAGGAUAUGGUGGGGAAGGAGAAGGGACAAGGGGAGAAAGCAACAAGGAAGGGAUGGUGUUGAUGUCGAGGCCCUCCAUGGUGAGAUUUCACAUGAUGCUAGGAGCGAGGGACGUGACGACCGCCCAACAGUCGUCGAACUGGUCCCAGUCGAUUCGAACGAUGGUGGUCAAAGCCACGCGCAAGGAGGAGGUGACAGUGAAGGACAACAAGGAGGCGGGCAUGCUGGAGGACAUGUCGGAGGAGGACAUGGAGAAAGUGGGCAGGGUAAUGGUGGUCGUGGUGGUGAUAACGGAGGAGGAGGAGGAGGAGGAGGAGGUAACGGCGGCGCAGGAGGUACAAGUUAG